AGUACGUUCACAAUGAAAAGAAAAAAAACCAACUCGUGAUGAAAAGUAAUCAGCCUGCGUAACCUGCAGUGAUAUCUUCGGUCCACAUGCAAGCUAUUCUGUUAUACUGUCGCAGCAACAAAUCUCGUAUUGAAUUCGACGUGCCAAAAUAAUUUCGUUUUUUUUUACGCUUGGAGGCAGCAGCAAAGGGCUCGACAUUGAUUCGGUCAAACUCAAAGAGAUUCGUAAAAGCUGUGGAGAAAAAUGAAGCUGCAAGAUUUCCUAGAGCUUUCUUUAUCUUUGCAUCGAGCGGCACCACAUCCAAAACCACAUUCGCUCCUACAUUUCGAUUUCAUUCGUGAAAAUAUGUCGAUAUUGUUCUGACUUCCUUUAAACAUUCGCAGGGAAAAGUGAUCACACCCGGUGCCCCAGCUCGUACCCAAAUUUGUGGUGCAUCACCCAAAUACAGAUAGAUCUUAGCGCUGUUGAACAUUGAAACAUUCUGCACUUGAUUGUUCGACUUCCUGGACGUCGUUGAACUCACUACAACUGCUAAGUAGGAGCAAGAAAUAGUUUCUAUUUUUGCAACGUUUUCCACAGUAGAAAUCAAAAAGAAAAUCUACUUCUGGCUCUACAAGGAACACGAUGUUAGCUGCGCGCAGUUUCUCGCAGCACUUAGUUGGCAGGCGAGCCUGCAACUACAGUCAGCUGGCGCCGCAAGCAUCUAUUUCCAGCGGCUCAUCUCGGGGCUUUUCGACGCCGACCGGAAGAAAUGAAUCGGCAGUAUUUUCAUCUGCCAAAACCGACGCAGCUGAAGAAUCAUCGACGGUUCUCGUGAAGCGUAGAAUGCCGUUUCACACCAGCUCUACUCCGCAGAACGUCGCGAAGAAAACCAAAAAGCCUUUUACCGACGUUCAGGACCCGCUGCACAGGAAGCGGUCAAUACGACGCAAGAUUUCGUUCAAUGCCUCCUUGUACGGAAAGGCGGACCACGCGAAGUACAGCACCACGACGAGCAACAUGCUGCCGCUGCAGUACUGCAAUCCAGUGGCGCUGCAAGACCGACCGGGAAGACCCUACCUUCCACACAAUGUGGACUUUGGCUCCAUGGCGUUCAGCGGAAGUGCCAAAGCGAUGGAGGCGAGUCAACCGGUAUUGCCCGCUUUUUCUGUUGCACCGGUAUCAGGAGAAGGUGUUUUCACAACGAUGAAAGAAGACAGCGCUCGUACAACAGGCGCCAGUGAACAAGAACGACACGAUGGAGCAGCGCAGCACGACGGAGUUCCUGUUUUUGACGUGCCUCGCAUUCGGCGCGAGUUGGCAAAUGUUUUCAAACUCGCGAAGGCUUCCGCAAUGGUCGACGAGAAAGCGGUUUACGAAGACGCAGCGUCGCCGUGGCUGUACUUGGACAAGGAGAUGAGCAGCAACCUGGCAGGAGAAACCGGCGCUGUGUCGAUCUACAACGGCGCGAUCUUUGCGGCACAGCAGCGUUUGAAUCUCGUGAAACUGUUUUCGCGGCACACGACCAGUUCCAUUAAGACGCAACAGCACUUCGAGAAGGUGCUGGCGUUCUCGCAGAAGCACUGCGAGGCCGAGAAGGUGCACUUGUCCGUGCUGACGCAAAUUUACGCGGACUUGCCGGCAGCCAAGCACACGAAGCUCCUGCCCAUGUGGCGGGUGUGCGGAUUCACGCUCGGUUUUUUGCCAACGUUCUUCGGGGGCGGAGUUUGGCUGUACCACACCGUCGAAGCAGUCGAAACCUUCGUCGAAAAGCACUACCAGCACCAGCUUCGAUAUUUGCGGAAAAUGGACCGUCAACUCAUCGCCGCGGAGAACAUUUUCGUCCGCCGAAACUCGAAGCCGGAAGUAGAACAGUGCGCAGCUACUUCUGAGAGUAAAGCAUCAGGAGUUGACGGACUUGUUGCGAUGAAAACAAGCGAAGAUGACACGAAUCCUGCGAAGGAAGUGAUGGAGCAACCGACUGGUGCAUCAACGAGUUCCUUCAGCCGCAAGCGAUCGACGCGCAACCCGUACGAGAUCGUGCCGGUGACGAAGACAACGAAGCUAACCCAGACGACGGAGGAGACGAAAGUGGUGCGUCCGUGCUACAACAGCUACUCGGACAUGCCGAUGGGAUUGCUGUUGAACUCCACCACCUUCGCUUCCAACCGGGAGAACAAGUCCGCGCUGGCGGUGUUUCUGCGGUUGUCCGACGCGUUCCCGUUUUGCAAGGACAUGCAAUUCGAGGACGACAGCGGGAAAAACUUCAGCAAAAAGGAGCUAAAGCGACAGGAAUCGCUACGCACGCCGAUCUCGGAGUUACAGCACGUCCACGAGCUCGCCCGCUUCCUGGACCACUGUUGCGCCGACGAAGUCGACCACAAGAAGGACGCUGAAACGCAUCUGCUGGAAGAGGUCCGGACGGCGCAAAAUGGCCCGGAUCGAGUGAAGAGCCAGUACUCGGUUACUGCCUUCGCGCACCACGUGUGGCGCACAGUGGUGUAUACGGGGAGUGCCUGCGCCGCCAGUCUGGCUAAAGUGAUUUGAACCGGCAUCAUAACGAAAACUAAGGUCCUCAGGAUGACGAUGACGUGUCAAGUAGCGCAUGAUUUAUCCGUAGUGUGCGAUCUUGAGCUAUUUGUAUUUAAAUGCUAUUGUCAGUGGUCAAUCAGUACUUGUUAAACAAAGCGGGGCCCAGCCAACGCCAUUGAAACAUUGAUUGAAUAUGAUCAGGUAAAGAACCACGAAUGUAGGUAUUUUUCACCUACUCACAGUACGCAGGAGGUGUUGAAGAAAUGUGUAUGUUUUUGAGGCACUCGCACUCUGUUGAUAAUAUCAACCUUCAGGGUUGAGUUUUGCUAAAUCUUUUUUUUCCGAAAGCGGAGCCCUACAGCGCAUGCCUUCCAGGAACAAGAUCAGCAUAGAAAUUUGCUCUCUAUUUGUACCCCAAACAAAUUCCAUGGAGAAGGCACUGGUCUCAUUUUGUGAGCUUUUUUUGAACGAACGUAUUUUUUUCCAAUUGAAGAGUCUUCAUUAGGAGCAAGUCUUUUUGGAAGUGGCGUUGCGACAACUUUCACGUUCGCACCUUCCAAAAAGAGGAAGUGCUAGAGCGGUAUAGUUCAUGAUGUACUUCUUGCUCACGGAGUUUUAGUAUUCAGCAUGUGUGUACCCGAAUAUUUUCCUGGUUUGAAAAAUAUGUAUGAGACAAUUUUCAACAUUCAGUCGAGAAACUCGAUUUUUGAAUCAUGUUUGUGUGCAGAAUUUCAAUUUUUUUGCGCUUUGCGUUCGAUACAAGAAUGAAAGCAUCUCGAAUAAUACCGUGAC